UGUCAAGCAGUAAUUGUUAAAUAGGGAAAUACUUUGCGAGUAUGUAGUAAUUCGUCUUUUUGUACGAAAUGAAUAUAGCUCAAAACGUAAUAAUCUAUUUGCAUUGUGGUUAAUGAUAUGAGUUUAUAAACGGCCCAACAAUUUUGAAAACUUAAGACCAAUCUUUUUAAAACUGAUAAAAUGGGUAAUUGCUUGAAAAUACGCACAUCAGAUGACAUUUCACUUUUACGAGGCAAUGAAAGUGCUAAUGGGCCUAUCAGCGGAGUACAACCAUUAUAUCAUCAGGACGAGCAGCAUCAACAAGUAUUUCACCCUAACACAUCGGUCUCCGCUACUAGUACGCAAUCUUCUAUCAAUCGCCAACUUUCCAAUGAAAAUCAAGUCAAGAUUGCCAAGCGUAUCGGACUAAUGCAACAUUUACCUAUAGGAACGUAUGAUGGAAGCUCAAAAAAGGCACGGGAAUGUGUAAUUUGCAUGGCUGAGUUUUGUGUUGAUGAAGCAGUGCGCUAUCUUCCUUGCAUGCAUAUUUAUCAUGUCAAUUGUAUAGACGAUUGGUUGUUGAGAAGUCUUACAUGUCCUAGUUGCUUAGAACCUGUUGACGCUGCUUUACUGACAAGUUAUGAAUCGACAUAGCGUUUAAGAAACAAUAGUAUGUUUACAUUGAUUCUUUAUAGAAUUUCAGUCAAAAUAAAAUAUUUUGAAUCAGAAAUGUUAUUAUUUGAUACGUUUAAAUUAUAUUCAUUGUUAUCGUAUUAUCAAUUUAAAAUAAAACAAAACGUAUUGUAUUAUUUAAUACCUUGCAGAAUUUACAUUAAAUCAUAAAAACUAAAAAUUAGAAUAAUAACUCGAUGAUUGUUAGAACAUAAGUCAUCUUAUAAUAUUUCUUAGAUAUUAAAUUAAAUUUCUAAUUAGGACCAA